UCCGCUUGGCUUCGACGGGACGAGUCCGCUCAGAGAUCCAUGAAAUACGUCCUGGCGGUGAACAAAAAUACCACGUGUCCAAGAUGAUUGCGAGUUUGUUCCUGGUAUUGGCUGCCGUUUGUGUUACUGCAGGAGAAUAUGAGUUAUCUGAUUAUGCAAAUCACCCUUGUAUUCGUGAGUGUGUGGAGGGAGCGCCCCCUAUGACCUGCGUCUACAACUUCACAGUAGAAUACUACUACGUCCUGUCCAAAGCCUGCUACGACUGCCCGUACAACAUCACCGACUGCUUCAGGCCGCACUGUGUGGCUGCCGACGGCGUGGGGAGGGGCAUCAUCACAGCCAACAGGAUGCUACCAGGACCUGCUAUACAAGUGUGUCACAACGACAUGAUCAUCGUCAACGUCCACAACAAGCUGGAGGGAUCGGAAGGAACGACCAUCCACUGGCACGGCGUCCUCCAGAAGGGUUCCCAGCAUCACGACGGCGUCAGCAUGAUUACCCAGUGCCCCAUCACACCUCACUCCACCUUCCAGUACAAGUUCAAGGGAGGUAACCGGGGCACUCACUUCUGGCACGGCCACGCUGGCACGCACCGCUCUGACGGGCUGUUCGGGGCACUGGUCAUCCGGGAACCUCUGUCACGUGAUCCAGCCUCGCACCUGUUUGACCAUGACCUUCCAGAACACACCAUGAUAGUACACGACUGGCUGGUGGAGUUGACGAUCAACAGAUUCGCCGGCCACCAUCACGCAGGCUAUGACAACAAACCGGCGUCUAUGCUCAUCAAUGGCCGUGGAACGUUCCGUGAGUUUCCGAUUCCAAACACCAACCAGACCACCCACACCCCUCUCGCUGUGUUCAACGUCCAGAAGGACCGGAGGUACCGCUUCCGGGUCAUCAGCAACGGCAUCAUGAGCUGCCCCAUCCAGGUCUCUGUUGACCACCACGACAUCAUCAUGAUCGCCACCGAUGGGGUACCACACGACCCCAUCGUUGUCAGCUCCUUUAACGUGUUCGCAGGAGAAAGGUUUGACUUCAUACUGGACGCUGAUAAGGGUGUCGGUAACUACUGGAUUCGAACUCGAGGACUGGGGCUUUGUGGUGCGAAGUCAACGAAACAGGUGGCCAUCUUGAGGUAUGAGAACGCCACGGAGACCCAGCCAAGUGGACCUACUGACUACGACAGUGGGCGGAGAAACGGGAAGCUGUUGAACCCCUGGAACGAGAAGGGCGGCCCUGGCCGGACCCCCGUGUCGUUGCUGAACACCACCCUGGCAGACCCCCUCCACAUGAAACAGGUGCCCGAUAAGAAGUUCUACGUUGCAAUGGACUUCAACAAGUUAGACAACUAUAAGUUCAAUCACGAAGAGUUAUACCCCUUGACUGCCGUCAGCCGGCAUAUGAAACUCUAUGUGCCACAGUUGAAUCACAUCACCAACAUUCAACCACCGUCCCCGCUUCUGUCACAGUACGGAGAUAUACCCAAGGACAUGUUCUGUGGUCCGCACGACACCAGGAACUGCCGCCGGGAGUACUGUGAGUGUAUCCACGUCAUCAAGGUCGACCUAGACGACACCGUGGAGAUGGUGCUCAUUGACGAGGGCGUCACCUUCAACGCCAACCACCCGAUGCAUCUACAUGGCCACCACUUCCGGGUGGUCGCUAUGGACAAGCUCAACAAGUCUACAUCUUUACGGGAGAUCAAGCAGAUGGACGAAGCUGGCCUGAUAGAAAGGAAUCUAGAAACACCUGUAGCUAAAGACACUGUCACUGUUGCUGAUGGCGGCUACACAAUCAUCAGGUUUCACGCUGAUAACCCGGGCUUCUGGCUGCUGCACUGCCACAUCGACUUCCACAAGGCAAUCGGGAUGGGCCUCAUCGUGCAGGUGGGGGAACUGAACCAGAUGCCCCGACCCCCCAAACACUUCCCCCGGUGUGGGAACUGGGAGUACACGGGGGAGGAGGAGGGGGAGGGGGAGGGGGAGAGAGGGACGCCCAGAUGCCCCGUCAAUGGAGCUGGACGCAACCAGGGAGAUACCUGCCUGUUGAUACCUGCUACUCUGUCAGCUGCCAUAUUUAGCAUCCUGUGCAUCAGACGUUCUAUGUAAACUUAACAAUACUUAAACUAUUUAUAGGCGCGGUCGGGUAGACUA